AUUUACAUUUCCAAGUACGAAGUACCUUCAUUUUAUUUGUACGGUAUUCAAUAAGACAAAAGUUCGAUCAAAUUUUUUAGUUUUGUUUAAUUUUUUUUAUAAAAUUGUAUAUAAUAAUAUUGUAAAUGUUCAUGAUUAAAUAUUAGUGGUGAUGAAAAAAAAAAGAAGUUGAAGUAAUGGGCGGAGUUUGCGCCUGUUGGAAUACGAGGUAAAAAACGUUGUUUUACGAAAACAUAUAUUUUUGAUAUAAUAUUUUGGAAUAAUAUUCCAAAGGAUCAGUUUCAAGGUAUUUUUAUGAAGCUUUGUAAAAAUUUGAAGUUCACGGAUACAGGUUAAGCGAACAGGAUUAGGAAAAGCGGUGAAAUCGCAUCAUAAAUAAAAUGGAUGCGCACGCGGAUAAUAACAUACAAGAGCAAGUGAGGAAAAGGCUUUAGGUAGAAAAAGAAGGAAAUGAAUCAGCCAUUCUGAUUGGUCGAGGCGGCUAUUAUGGCCGCCGAUUGGCGCACGCAUGUACGCACACCAAGCUUUGAUGUAUACACGAACGCACGAACACGUGCGUGUAUCAGGAGCGUAGCAGUCGCUCGCGGCCGAGAAGAGUGAAAAGAGCGACAGAAACGGUCGGUCCGCGCGUUGCCUUGUAAGGCGGAGAGUUGGUGUGUGACGUCCGUGCGCGGAUGGCUCGAAGAACGCCGAUUUUCCUCAGCUUAUACAAGUAUCCUUGCUGAGCAGAGGAAAGAACAAGUGAAAGGAGAGUGCGGGCCGGGCGCGACGCCGACCGUCGACAUAACCACGUAUACGUAAAAUCCGACAAUCCGUCAAGUUUAAAGCUGCCGAAGGCACCAUUUUCAUCAUCUCUAUAGUGUGUAUAGCAAACUAGAAACUGUUAUUAGACGUAAUGUGAGUGUUCUUGAACAAGGAAGGAAAUAUAUAAUAGUGAGAAAGUCGUGUUUUUCCGCAUCAUCUGGUAUACGAUAUACAUCCGCGAGUGUUGUGUGAACAAAUUCACUCUUGCGACGGAAACAAAAAAGAAGGAAAGAAACGGCGACGAAUAAUAUUCUUAGUGCUGUAGUCUACAGUUGAUGGAUGAAACUAGCAGAAUGCUGCAACACGGAGGAUCAGGUGUGGGUCUGAUGGGAGGAAAUCAGGGUCAGGGGGCCCAAAAUACUGCCGGAUAUGGUAGUAUGGGACCUGUGGAUGGAACUGCAACACAAGGUCCGGAUCAGGCUGUUGAGGCUAGAAAACAGGAUAUCAGUGAGAUUUUGCAACAAAUUAUGAAUAUCACCGAUCAAAGCUUGGACGAGGCACAAGCGAGAAAACAUACUUUAAACUGUCACAGAAUGAAGCCAGCCCUGUUUUCAGUUUUGUGUGAAAUUAAAGAGAAAACAGUGCUAUCUUUAAGAAAUACUCAGGAAGAGGAACCACCGGAUCCUCAAUUAAUGAGGUUGGAUAACAUGUUGUCUGCAGCGGCUGCAGCCGCUGCUGGAGGACCACCUGGACAACCUGACAACGCCAUCGAACAUUCGGACUACAGAGCCAAACUUGCCCAAAUUAGACAGAUUUAUCAUCAGGAGUUGGAGAAAUACGAACAGGCGUGUAACGAGUUCACAACUCACGUAAUGAAUUUAUUGAGGGAACAAAGUCGUACCAGGCCAAUCACGCCAAAAGAGAUCGAGAGGAUGGUUCAGAUUAUUCAUAAGAAGUUCUCCAGCAUUCAAAUGCAACUGAAACAGUCUACCUGUGAGGCUGUGAUGAUUUUGAGGAGUCGAUUCCUCGAUGCAAGGCGUAAAAGACGAAACUUUAGCAAACAAGCCUCUGAAAUUCUCAACGAGUAUUUCUAUUCACACCUGAGUAAUCCAUAUCCAAGCGAAGAAGCUAAAGAAGAACUCGCACGAAAAUGUGGAAUCACCGUGAGUCAGGUUUCUAAUUGGUUCGGCAACAAGAGGAUACGCUACAAGAAAAACAUAGGUAAAGCACAGGAGGAGGCGAACUUGUACGCAGCCAAAAAGGCAGCUGCAGCUUUUGCAGGAGCGUCGCCGUACAGUAUGGGUGGUGCCAGCCAAGGCACCCCGACGCCGAUGAUGUCGCCGGCGCCACCUGGUGGCCCCAUGGCCGGAUACGGGAUGGGCAUAAACGGUAGCGAUUAUGGCUCGCAACCGUACAACGAUGGCUCGAUGGGCUACGACCCUAUGCACCAGGGCAAGGCAUUGGCUGGGGGGCCAGGCGCGGCGGGAUGGAUGCAGCAACGCGAGGCGGUUCCGGAAUUUCCGCCGCUCCACGAUUCAGCGGACUCUGAUUCUGACCGAGAGAAUGAAAAACGACCGCGCGUCUAAAAUUACUUUUGGAAAUGAGCGAGCUAUAUAGUAUGGUAACGAGACUAA